AUGAAUGAUUUAAUUGUAAAGCUUUUAUGGUAUGAUACUGUGAAGUAUCGUCAUAAUUAUUCUUUUGUUUUGAUAGCGUUAAAUCAAAUAGUUAAGAAAAAUACAACAACAACAACAAAAAAUAUAAAAACUUUUAUUUUAUUGAAUUAUUCAUUUAAUGGAUUAUUUUUUUUUGAUUAUAAAUUUCAAUAUAAUUUGAUACUUUUAAAUCAAGUUUGA